AUGGUGAAUGGUGUUAGAUUCGAGGAUCGUCUUGAAGGAGCUUCCAACUUUGCAUCUUGGAAGUUUAGGAUUAUGAUUGCCUUAAGAGAUAACGAAUUAGAUGAAUUCGUAAAGAAAGCUGUACCUGAACCAGAUGACAAAGGUGAGAAGCCUCAAUGGAUGAAAAAGAAUAAUAAAGCCAUGAAAAUGUUAGUGGAUGCAGUAAAAGACCACAUUGUACCAAUUAUCUCAAAAUUGGAAAUAGCCUAUGAUAUGUUCAAAUCAUUAGAAAGUAUGUACGAGAUAAAUAACACUAGUAGAGCUCUCGCAUUAAAGCAACAGCUCCACCAUGUUAAAAUGAUCAAGGGUGAAACGAUCACCGCAUACUUCAUGAGGAUAACCGAACUAAGAGAUCAACUCUCCACCAUUGGUCACACAAUUGAAAGUAAAGAGUUAACCAUGUUAGCCCUCAAUAGUCUCCCUUCUUCUUGGGAAUCAUUCAUUCAAGGGAUAAGUGCACGAUCUAAACUUCCUAAGUUUGACAUUCAAGAAGAGUCUAGAUUGGCGAUAAGAGGUAUUGGCCAAAGCUCCAUAAAUGAAGAUAUUCAUGUUCUUGCCUCGAACUCUUUAAAGAUGAAAGGGAAGAAAGGAUAUUUCAAAAGGAAGAAAGAUGAGGAAUCCAAUGCAACAUUGUUAGCAGAUGUCCGCUUGCGACAAGCUGCAUUUGGAUAUCUUGUUUUUUAA